AACAGGCGCAGCACAUGAGAAUGAGAGCGAACGCAGAGUAACAAAAUCCCUCAUUAUUUGGCUCACCAAAUUCACAGUACAAGUUCUUACAAGGCCGUAUUCUAACAAAUAGAAAGAGAGAAACUCAAAAUCUAGAAGAAAAAAAAAAGAUUUAAAUAUUUGCAAUUUACAAAAAUAAAUAUAAAAUAAAAAAAAAAUUAAAAAGGAAAAAAAAUAGCGUCGCCGACUGCCCCCAACAACCCACACCAGAACUCAAAAAGCUCAUUAUUUGUUGGACUUUUCUUUGCUCUCUCUAAAAGACCAUAACUCCACCGACCAAUUUCUCUCUCUCUCUGAUUCAGCAUCAGAAUUUUGUGAUUGAGAGGGAGAGAGAAUGUCUGGCGGGGGCACGCAGAAGAGCUUGAGGAAAGCACUUGGAGCCAUCAAAGAUACCACCACCGUUUCAUUGGCUAAAGUCAAUAGUGAUUAUAAGGAAUUGGAUAUUGCUAUAGUCAAGGCCACAAAUCAUUACGAACGUCCUGCAAAGGAAAAACACAUUAGAGCAAUUUUCGCUGCCAUUUCAGCAACUAGGCCUCGGGCUGAUGUUGCCUAUUGCAUCCAUGCUCUUGCAAGGAGGUUAUCAAGGACACAUAAUUGGGCGGUUGCAUUGAAAACUUUAAUAGUCAUUCAUCGUGCUCUGAGAGAGGUGGACCCUACUUUUCAUGAAGAACUCAUUAACUAUGGCAGAAGUAGAAGCCAUAUGCUUAACAUGUCUCAUUUCAAGGAUGAUUCCAGCCCAAAUGCAUGGGAUUAUUCUGCCUGGGUUCGCACUUAUGCCUUGUUCUUGGAGGAGAGGCUGGAAUGUUUCCGUGUCUUGAAAUAUGAUAUUGAGACGGACCGCCCAAGAACCAAAGAUUUGGACACUGCAGAGUUACUUGAGCAGUUGCCAGCUUUGCAACAGCUUCUGUUUCGUGUUCUUGGCUGUCAACCACAAGGUGCAGCUGUUCAUAAUUUUGUGAUCCAGUUGGCACUUUCAAUGGUUGCUUCUGAAAGUGUCAAAAUUUAUCAAGCUAUAAGUAAUGGUACAGUCAAUCUCGUAGACAAGUUCUUUGAGAUGCAACGUCCUGAUGCUAUGAGGGCUCUGGAUAUAUACAGGAGAUCUGGGCAACAGGCAGAGAGGCUUUCAGAAUUUUAUGAAAUAUGUAAAAGUCUUGAUGUUGGGCGUGGAGAAAGGUUCAUUAAGAUAGAGCAGCCCCCAGCAUCAUUUCUACAAGCAAUGGAAGAGUAUGUAAGAGAAGCUCCUCGGGCUUCAACAGUGCGCAAAGAUCAGGCUGACAAACCCAAGGAAGUGUUGGCCAUCGAGUACAAGAAAACCCAAGAGGUGCAGAAGAAACGAUCACCGUCACCUCCUCCACCUGAACCAGAAAAAGUGGAGAAAGUCGAAGAGUCUAUUGUUGAACCGCCUGAUUUGUUGAGUUUAAAUGAUCCUGUCCCAGUUGCUUCUGAAUUAGAUGAGAAGAAUGCCUUGGCAUUGGCUAUUGUUCCUGUUGCUGAGCAAACAACUUCUGCUGCUGCUCCUGUUCAAGCAAAUGGUACUACAGGCUGGGAAUUGGCACUUGUCACUGCUCCAAGCUCAAAUGACAGUGCCACUGCUGCUAGCAAACUGGCUGGAGGGCUUGACAAGCUUACACUGGAUAGCCUGUAUGACGAUGCAAUCAGAAGAAGCAACGAGAAUGUUAGCUAUAAUCCAUGGGAACCAGCUCCUAUGUCUGGUGCUAUGAUGCAACAACCAGUGCAUGACCCCUUUAAUGCGUCAAACAUGGUUGCUGCUCCACCCUCAAUCCAGAUGGUGGCAAUGGCCAAUCAGCAGCAGGCUUUUAUGUUGCAGCAGCAACAGCAGCAGCAAAUGAUGAUGAUGAUGGACCCACAACAGCAGCCUUCAAAUCCUUUUGGCAAUCCUUAUGGAGCCAGUGUCCACCCUUACAGCUCAGGUAUGCCUGUUCAAGCGUACAAUCCAUAUACAGGCCUUAUAUAGAUGCAUUGCACGAAGAACAUGUGAAUUUUGAGCAUGGAAUAUGCUUGAAGAAUAGGAAAUUGUGUACCAUAUGUUGCGACUGUGCAGUAGUUAGCUAGAUUAAGAUUCUUUGUUAAAUAAUUAGUGAGAGAGAGAGAGAGAGAGAGAGAGAGAGAGAGAGAGAGCAUUUUGUUAUUGAUUAUUUUCAUUGAUGAAGGUUGGUAAUAAUGCUUGUAGACUGGUAAUUUUUUUUAAAACCUGUUGACACAUCGAUUCUGAAGCAGAAGCUUUCAUCCUGUUUUCUUUCAGGACUAUCCCUUCUUUUUCAGUUUGUUCAUUUUAAAAGUGUAGAUAAUAGAAAUGAUUUGUAAUAUUUUCAACUGUUCCCACACACUUAUAUAAUGAGGAGGCACGAGUUUGAAAUUUCUGGCUCUUGGUUGUUAAUUAGUUGAGCUUUUGUUUGUCUAUGACCAUCAAAAGAAGGUAGAGUAAUUUUUAGGUACUAACAUUUAUGAGUCCCUGUAACUUGGGAGGUAAGGAAAUGUUGAUUUGCAUUUACUUAUGUAUGAAGCCAGUGAAGGCAGCUGUCUCUCCCCAUCAACCGAAGAUGGCCUGAUUUGUCAAUUGCUUCCCAAAAUUUCUUUUGUUUUUUGUGUGUUGAACAUCAACAAAAAUCACAGCUGCAGCUUGAUAUCCACCGACUGUGAUAUCUAUUAUUGUAGGAGCAGGUAGGCAAUCCCAUUCUACCAAAUGUGGUCCACUCUUUGUGUUACGUGUGUUGAAUUGAAGGCAUAGAAAGAGCAAAGGACCGUACGUCCAAGAACUUCAGUUUCAAAGAACUUCCAAUUUAUUUGAUUUUUGGAGAGAAUUGUUUCUCUGCCCUCAUCCUCCCCAAUAUCUCAAAAGCAUGGUGAAUAUUCACAAUGGAAACCCAAAAUUUAAAACAUAUAACUAUAAUUUUAACCAAAUGCUUUUAAAUCGUUAUUAAUCAGCAUUGCCAUAUAUUUAUUGGAUUGAAAUUGAAAUUAAUGAAACAAAAAGAAAAAGGAGAAAAUGUCUUGAAAUGGUCAUUAAAUGCGAAAGGAAAAUAUGAGAAAGUUUUUAG